GUGCCUGCACGUCGCUGAGGCUCUGCCCCGAGGCUCUCGCGAAGCUGACGGCUGCUGCCACCUCGAGCCAGGAGGGCCGCCGGCACGUCAUGGCAGGCCGCCUGCUGCUGAGCGAGGCGCCCCUCUGGCGGGCCUGGGAGUCGAGGGGCCCGGGCCUGCCGCCGCUCGCUGGCGACGAAGUGCCUGCUGUUCUGGUCAUCGGACUCUUCGACGGGAUCGGGGGCAUGAUCGUAGCUCUCUCCAGGCUUCGUGCGAAGAUCAUAGGCUACGUCUUGUCGGAGGUGGAUCCCUGCGCGCGCAGGGUUGUCAGGAAGAGGUGGCCUGGCCUCAUCGACUGGGGGAACCUCCAGGACGUGGGGGCCGAGCAGAUUGACAAGCUGGCGCAGCUUUUCGGCGGCAUCGUCGACGCGGUCUACUGCGGAGCGGGCAGCCCCUGCAAAGACUUGUCGAGGCUGAUGUUCGGCAGAAGAGGGCUCGAGGGCAAGAAGGGG